AUGUUCAAAAUCUUCUCAUAUUGGAUGCUGCCAAUCAUCGCAGCAUGUUGCUGGCUAGGAACUCUCCUCGGCAUGCUGGGUUGGUGGCUCGCAAGCGGUUCCCCUCAUCUGCAGGGCAUGGAGACUGGUCAGACAAUCGCAUACAUCUCUGACAUUGGCGCAACACACCUCCAGCCUCUCUUCAUCGCUGGUUCUGCCGUUACUGUUAUCGUCUUUGAUGUGUGCUUCAUCUCAGAACGCUAUCUGCGCCACAAAGGUCGUCUUGCCCACAACACGUCGCUGACUCAGAAGGUCCUGUCGGUCCUGUCUUCCGUCUUCGCUAUCAUCGGUGCUAUCGGUCUGAUCCUCCUCACUUGUUUGAAGGAUACAAAGUUUGGUACUGCCCACGACACCUGUCUUGUCAUCUUCAUUGUUGGCUAUAUCAUCUCUGCCAUUUUUGCAUGCGCUGAAUACCAACGUCUUGGAAUUCACUUCCGCCAGUACCGCAUCUUGCGUGCCUCAUUCUGGAUCAAACUGUUCUUCAUCUUGACUGAGAUUGCUCUUGCCAUCGCUUUUGCUGUUCUGGGUCGCCACAACAACACACGCAACACUGCUGCCGUCCUUGAAUGGACUAUCUCACUCAUUUACAUCAUCUACGUUGGUCAUUACUUCAUGGAUUUCCUGCCCGCUGUCCACAGCAAGGAUCAUCUCUUCCCUACUGUCGAAGAGAUGAUGGAGAACGGCAACGGUCCAUCCUACUCCGGCGGUCCUACCUUCUCCGAGAGCGCAUCGUAUGCCAGCGAGAACCCUAUGCGCGCCAACGGCCAGACCGUCGAGCCCAGCAGAAACUUCUAA